AUGAAGACGACUUUGCUGCCAACGUUUCUCGUUUCAUUCCUCGCAGCCGUAGGCACAGCUAAGGUCCAACCAGCUGCCCGGGAUUCGAAUGAAUACCAAAACUACCAGGCUGGAGUGCGUGCGCUGCCUCAGCACAAGAGGGGCUAUUAUCACCUCGCCGAUGACGGUGUGAUGCGCUCCCUGGGACCUGGCAACGAAGUUCUCGGAUUCGUCCAGGCAUCACCUGCGGUCCUCGCGCGUGUGAUUGCCGACGCCCCUGAGGCGGAUCGAGCCCAUCUGGAAGCCGUCUGGGAUGGCAUUGACGGCCGCGACGUUGCCGACCCGUGGACCAUCAAGCGUGAGCUGAUUAACUCGGCUCACGCAACCCCCAGUGGUCGGACACGGCGGAACGAAGUGCUCGAUGCGUCAGACAUUGUAGUCAGAGACCUGUCGAGCCCGGUUUGGAAGCGCGCUUGCAGCACGGCGGGCGGUGCGUGCUCGGGUAAUCGUGAGUGCACGAGCCCCGUUCCCACCGACAAUUGUAUCUGCCGGUUUGUGGAUAACGCUCUUAUUGGAAGUUGUGACGAGGCCUAA